CCACAACGGAGUGUCAAAAAGCGGUCCAAAAAGAUUCCAUUCAAUGCUAAAGGCUACAGUCAUUUCGUAAUGCAAGUGGAAGAAUGUCUGAACCUAUUACCUAUGCCAUCUCAUUUGGAAGAAAAUUGUCAAAAAGAAGAAUUAUCUGUGAUAUAGAUAUGCAUCCUUAAAUUUGUCAAUUUCUGUGUCAACUUUGAAGCAGCUGAUGGUAUCGCAAGCUAAUCCCACAAUCUUUUUCAUAGGUAAUAGGAAUAUCUGGGAAUCUAUUUCUAAUCUAUGAUAGAUUAGAUUAGAUUGUCUCUAAUUAGGUGUUUGGUGGCAUUCUAUGGGUGCCUGUUUAAUUAUGCAAUUGAACAAUUAUUGGAAGCCAUCAGCAGUUGAAACGUGAACCCUACUAAAGCAAGUCCUGAAGUAGACACUUUCAAACCAUGCUCGUCGAAAAAAUACGUAGGGGCUUGGACGAAUGGUUGAUCAUAUCCAUCCUCCUCUGCAUUUUUGGCUUUCUGAAAGAGAUCAGACCAUCUGAACCUUUUGUUUAUGAGUUCCUGAUUGGGCCUUGGAGAAAUUUGACCGAUUUACAAGUGAAUCAACAGGUUUAUCCUGUGGGCACUUACAGUUAUCUUGCACAGUUGGUGAUAGUUUUCUUGAUAACAGAUUUGUGCAGAUAUAAACCUCUCAUUGUAUUACUUGGCAGCACAGGUAUCAUAGUAUGGGCAAUGUUGUUAUGGACUACUAGCCUCCUUGAAGUUCAAAUAUUGGAGGUACUCUAUGGAACAUUUUGCGCCUGUGAGGUUGCAUAUUUUACAUACAUUUAUGCUAAAGUUGACCGCGAAUGGUAUCAACUAGUAACAUCCCACACUCGUGCGGCUAUAUUACUGGGCCGUGCUUUGUCAGGAAUUAUGGCCCAGUUACUUAUUUCGUUUGAACUCAUGGACUACCGGGAACUCAACUAUAUUACCCUGAGUGCUAUGAUAGGAGCAACAUUCUGGAGUUUGUUCUUGCCACCAGCUGGUGAAUCUAUUUAUUUUCAUCACAACAUGAUGCAACAGAUGCCAUUUCUUCAAAAAAGUAAGGAAGCCUAUGCAUUAAUGUGGUCUCACUUUGUACAGGCAUAUUCUAAUAAAUAUACUGCCAAAUGGUCAGUUUGGUGGGCAUUAUCUACCUGUGGGUUUAUCCAAGUGCAAGUUUAUAUGCAGCCUCUAUGGUGGGCAAUUGUUGGUGAUCCAAAGCAAAAGAUUUACAAUGGAGUUGUGGAAGCUGUGCUUACUGUAAUUGGAUUUCUGGGAGCCCUGGUGUCUGGAUUGUUAAAAAUUGAUUGGAAAACCAAAGGGGACCUUUCAUUAGCAUGUUGCUCUCUUUUGCAAGGUUUCACUAUGAUAAUUGCUUCUCAGACGACUCAAGUGGUAAUUAGUUAUAUAUCUUACAUAGUAUUUGGUGCUUUGUAUCAUUUAAUGAUUACUGUAGCUAGUAGUGAAAUUGCGAAACAUAUUAAAGAAGAUAGUUAUGGUCUGAUCUUUGGGAUUAAUACAUUUGCAGCACUAGCAUUCCAAACUAUUUUGACAUUGGGGAUUGUUACUGGCGAUAUGGGAUUUGCUCUUCCUCCCAGGCGGCAGUAUUUCGCCUACGGUUUUUAUCACAUUAUUCUGGCACUGGUCUACAUAAUUAUCGGUUUGGGUAGUUGGUUUAGUAGCAAAUAUGAUUAUAGAAGAACUAGUGUCACUGCAACAGAGACAGUGUCCAGAUUAUGAUUUGUUUUGUUGAGGUUUGCCAAUUUGUUAAUCAUUUUUGUUAGUAGAUUUUUUGAUAUGUGGAUUUUUUUUUGUUUUACCAAUGUAUCACAAUCUCUUGUUGAAGCCUUUCUCAAACUAGUUUCAAUUAUUCAGGUAUCCUCAUGUCAUGCGUUUUGUACAAAUUAGUAAUACCAAAGAAAAAUGAGUAGCUGCCAUUUGUAAUUUGAAACAUAAACCAUGACUCAUAGUUAAGGUAUUGAACAGAGAAAUCUCGAAUGAAGGAAGAUGAAACGUUCAAACUCUAAUUGCUGGGUACCCACAUGUAUAUCGGCACGUGAUACGAGACGGUUUGCCUCUUGUUUUCUGUACUCACAAAAUAAGAAUAGAAG